AUGGAAACCCACCGUCCUUAUGGAUGGGACGGAGAAAAUGUCCUAAUUCCAGAAGGAAUAGAUACUGAUAUGGUUAUUGAGAAAAUCAUCGAUGCUUUGUAUGAAGAUCAUGUGGAGGAUCGGUACAUUCCGAAAAAUCCCGUAGAUGAAUAUAUAAACAUUUACCUUGAGAGGAUUCUGAACAAGUUCGACAGCGUUGAACUCCAAGGACCAAACUACGUCUUACGACAUCUCCGCAAGCAUCUCCACGAUCCUCUCUUGUCUCGACUAGUUUCUGAUGAGAUUAUUGCCCAAGCCAAAGGGAGAGACUUGUCACAGCGAACCUUGUACAUGAUCAUCGUUGUGAAACUUACCCAGAAAGAGUACCUCGUCGUGCCUGCUCCUUCGACGGACCAAGAGACCUGUGCGAUCUGUUUGGAGACUAUGUCGGAAUCGAAGACCAGCCCCAUCAGCCAGUUGCCUAAUUGUGGGCAUCUGUUUCAUGAACAAUGUCUCAACAAGUGGUUAGGUCAACAACAGAAUUCAUGCCCUCUUUGCCGUCAAGCUGUUGAUAACUUGAGAGAGGUUUAA